GUUGAUCUAUGUAAAAUGCUUCAACAAGAAUAUUUAAAAUUAAAAAAUCUUCAAAAAUCUCGAAAUAUACUUAAUUUUACACUGUAUCGUGGACUUCGAUUAGCAUUAAUUGAUGUAGAAAAUAUGCGUAAAAAUAUUGGAAGUUUAAUAUCAACAAAUGGAUUUUUAUCAACAACAAGAGAUAUUGAUGUAGCAUAUAUUUAUGCUGGUAUUGGAAUGCAAGCUAAUGAUGACAAAAUACCAAUAUUAUUUACAAUUAAUGUUAAUAUACAAUCACAAACAAAUAUUUUGGCAGAUAUUGGAGAAAUCAGUAAGAUUUCAGAUGAAUCCGAAGUAUUAUUUGAUCUAGGUAGCACAUUCAAAAUUAAUAACGUCUAUUAUGAUACUGCAGAGCAGUUUUGGAGAGUUGAAAUGACAACUACAGAUGAAGGUGAAACAAUUAUUAAUGAAUAUCUAACAAAUACACGAAAUAAAGCUUUACAAUCAACAAAUAUAUUAACAUUUGGUUAUCUUCUUUUGAAUAUGGGUGAGCCUCAUAAAGCACAACAAUAUUACAGCAACUUAUUACCAUUUGGUAAAGAAUCCAAUGCUUCCAUUUAUCAUAUGUUAGGUCUUGCUUAUAGUAUGACACAGGAUUAUUCAAAAGCCUUAGAUAAUAUGAUGCAUGCACGUGACCUAUUUAUGAAUGCUGUUCCACCAAACCUUGAAUUUGUUGCACAUACAACAUUCUCAAUUGCUAAUAUUUUCUAUCAUCAAAAACAAUAUAAGCAAAGCCUUGAAUUUUUCAAUAUGGCUCUCAAAAUGUACUCAAAAGUAAAUAAAAAUAAAACAACAAAUGAGUUUGUAAAUGUUUGGAUGAAACUCGGUGAUGUUUAUCAUGAAAUGAAUAGCAAUCGAACUGCUUUAAAAAUGUACAAUAAAGCUAUGAAAGCUCAAGAAAAGCUAAUACCAUCAAUAAAUGAUCCUAUAAUGGCGGAUUUAUAUGAAAAGAUCAGUAGCGUUUAUUCAAGGAAAGGUAAAUAUAAUAAAGCUAUUGAAGCUGCUAAAAAAUCAUUGCAUAUCAAAGAACAAAUAUAUCCUCCUGUUCAUCCUUUUAUUGGUGAAGCUUAUAAUCAUCUUAGUACAAUUUACAUAUUAAUAGAUGAUCAUAAGGAAGCAUUAGAAUAUGUAAUCAAAAAAAAGAAGAUCUAUGAAACAAUUUAUCCAGCCUAUCAUCCUCUUAUUAUGUAUGCAGAACAACAAAUAGCUAUGUUAAAAAAUAAUAUAGAAUUAAAAGAUAGAAAAAUGCAACUAGAGUUACAUUUAAAAGAAUUGAAAUCAAUGAAAAAAGUUCAACAUUGA